ACGUGACGGCUCUUACCGGAAGUAGCUCAGUCUCAGUUCAGGUCUGGCCGGGCAGUUGUAUAUUUUGUUUCCAACAAAGUAGCUCACCCCGCAGAGGCCGAAUGACACAAAAAGACUAAAUCGGUUUUAACUUAAUGCAUUCUGCUUCAUUUUUGGACGUAUUUUGUUAGAUUAACAGAAAUGGGUCCUGGUUGAAUCUAGAAAUUUCCAGAAACACCGUGGACUACGGGCGUUUCGAGUCCGAGCAGAAGACGGAAGGAAAGAGCGCAGCGGCUCGAGGCCGAGAAGGAGCAGCAGCAGCCGGGCGAAGAGUCACAAAAACUCGCCCACUAUUGUGUGUUCAGACGGAAUUAUCGUCGCAUUCGAGCCGCGUCCCCCCCUCCCUUGUUAAGCGUCCUGAUUCUGUUCUGGGAGAGUUCAGACCAGUAUCAUCGCCAAAAUAGCCGGGCCAGGCAGGAAGAGGCACACCUCAGAUCCAGACCCCAGCAGCGGUAGCGAUUCCGGUGACGGGCAGCCUGUCAGUGCCAAGUGCCUGAAGAUGGCCAGCGGCGGAGGCGGUGGCGUGGCCGGUGGUAGUGAGACGGUGGGCCGGCGCGGCGGGGCUCAGCAGAGAGGCGGCGGUGGCAGAGAAAACAGCUCAGAGCUGACCUCCAGUUCCAGCAAAAAGAAACAAAAGGACAGGUACAACCAGGAGAGCAGAGAGGCCAAGAGAGCGGGGGCUGCAGCCAGUGCAGUAGUGGAUGGGGUCCUUGCCGAGGUCAAGAAAGAUGCGUUUGUGGACUGGAAGCAGAACGUUAAUGAAGUGACGGUGAGACUUCGCUGUGGRGAGGGGGUCCAGAGGAUCGAAGACGUCGACACCACGUUCACUGACACACACUGCAAUGUGUCCUUCCCAGAUGGGCGCCAGUGGAGCUGCCAGUUACAAGAGGAAAUUGAGGCCUCGUGUAGCAAAGUGCAGUACAAGGAAAAAGGUGGAUUCCUGCAUCUGGUUUUGCACAAGAAAAUCCCUUUUCAUGUUUGGCCUUCUCUUAAGUCAAAUAAGAAAGUGAAGGAGGUGGCACCAACAGAGACACAGAAUAAUGUGAAGUCUGUUAGCUUGGAGUCACCGGAGCAGCCUCCCUCGUCACCUACACUUAAUGAAUCAAGAUGCAUCAACAGCAAAGCUGAGCGGGGCAUCAAGCGCUGCCUUAAAAACAAACCGAGUGACAAGGCCACGAUGGACUCUGUGCGAACAAAGAGCGGCGCCGGAGACGUCUCGAACAUCGUCAGCGCUCCUAAAGCUGGUCAGCAGCCUCAGGAACCCAGCGCCAAGCGAACUGUUGCACAGCUGUCUGGGACAACUAAAGAGGAGGAGGAGGGGCUAACACCUGAGAAGUCUACAGCAGCUAACGGGAAAGCCCCUCUUGCAGCCCUGAAUGCUGCUGGAAGCCCGCUGACCCACAGGAGUGGAGACAACAGAGCUGAUCAGGAAGCUGAACUGGAGGAACCUGUUGGCAGCUUAGCUCCGGUGGUUGAGACUAAAAACGAGUCAUCACACGCUGAAACAACGGCGCACGUCAGCAAUUCUCCUGUCCUCGCCACCGGCUUCAACAAGAAAACGGACUCUCCCGCUCCUCAAAACCCAAAAGCCAGAACAGACUCCGAGCCGCAGGGAAAACCUGUUGAGCAUGAAUUGGAAAAGAACACUUUGAUCUCCCAACCGCUUGGAGACACAACAGACACGCUACCAGCUGCCUGCAUGGCUGCCAGGCAGAGCCAGGCACCGGGUCCGACCCAGAAGCACAGGAGCUGUGACGGGGAGGAGAAGCGGGACCAGUCCAAAGAAGAACCGCCCCUAGAGGAAAGGCAGCUAGAAGCUCCCGAGCCGAUGGUGAACCUGCAGUUGGUGAAGAACGACUCGUACGAGAAGGGCACAGAUCUGAUGGUGGUGAACGUUUACCUGAAGGGAGUCAGCAGAGACACGGCCAGGGUCAUCUUCAGAGAGCAGGACUUCACUCUCAUCUUCCAGACAAGUGAUACAAACUUUCUCCGACUUCAUUCAGACUGUGGACCGAACACAGUCUUCAAGUGGCAGGUCAAACUCAGAAACCUGAUCCAGCCUGAGCUAUGCAGCUACUCCUUCACCCCGUCCCGUCUGGACAUCUCCCUGAAGAAGAGACACAGCCAGCGCUGGGGGGGUCUGGAGGCCCCAGCCUCACAAGGUGCAGUGGGUGGUGCUAAGGUGGCUGUGCCUUCUGGUCCCACCUGCAUGGACAAGAGCCAGCCAGGCAGCAGCCAGCACAGCCUCCCGGCCAAGGAGGAGUCCCCCAGGGUUGGGGAGGAUACGCCCAAGGCCCCCAAGGCGUCCUCUAGAGGAGUGGAGGACAGCGGUCUGGAUCCUGUUGCUCCUCGAACAGUCUCUGAGCAUGUUGCCAUCACUAAACCAGAACCCACCGUCACCACGCCUAAGCCGACCUGCAUGGUGCAGCCUAUGACCCAUGCACCUCCAGCCACAGAGCGCCACGAGGAAGAGGAGGAGAAGAAGGUGUGCCUGCCUGGUUUUACAGGAUUGGUCAACCUCGGCAACACCUGCUUCAUGAACAGCGUCAUCCAGUCCCUGUCCAACACCAGGGAACUCCGGGAUUACUUUCACGACCGAGCGUUUGAGGCAGAAAUCAACUGCAGUAAUCCUCUGGGAACAGGCGGGAGGUUAGCCAUUGGCUUCGCUGUGCUUCUCAGGGCUCUUUGGAAAGGGACACACCACGCUUUCCAACCUUCAAAGCUCAAGGCAAUCGUAGCCAGCAAAGCCAGUCAGUUCACGGGUUACGCUCAGCACGAUGCUCAGGAGUUCAUGGCGUUCCUAUUGGAUGGACUCCACGAGGACUUGAACCGCAUCCAGAACAAACCUUACACAGAGACGGUGGAUUCUGAUGGACGGCUCGACGAGGUGGUGGCAGAGGAGGCGUGGCAGAGGCACAAAAUGAGAAACGAUUCUUUCAUCGUGGACCUCUUCCAGGGCCAGUUUAAAUCCAAGCUUGUGUGCCCCACGUGCUCCAAGGUCUCCAUCACCUUUGACCCCUUCCUUUACCUGCCUGUCCCGUUGCCCCAGAAACAAAAAGUCCUGUCUGUUUUCUACUUCGCUAAGGAACCUCAUAAAAAGCCAAUUAAGUUUUUAGUCAGUGUGAGUAAGGAGAACUCCAGCACAGCAGAGGUCCUUGAAUCCAUUUCCAGGAGUGUGAGGGUCAAACCUGAGAACCUCAGACUGGCAGAGGUGGGAAAGAACCGCUUUCAACGCGUAUUCCUGCCGUCCCAUUCUCUGGACUCGGUGUCCCCCUCUGACAUGCUGUUCUGCUUUGAGGUGCUUUCCAAAGAUUUGGCCAAAGAGAGGGUGGUUUUGUUCAAAGUGCAGCAGAAACUCCAGGUGCCGAAUAUUCCCAUCUCCAAGUGUGCAGCUUGUCUAAAACCACCGGUGUCGGAAGAAGACAAGCUGAAGCGGUGUACUCGCUGCUACCGAGUGGGCUACUGCAAUCAAGUUUGCCAGAGGACACACUGGCCCAGUCACAAGGGUCUGUGUCGGCCCAACUUAGAAAAUGUGGGCUUGCCUUUCUUAGUCAGCGUUCCGGAGUCCCGGCUCUCCUACGCCCGCCUCACGCAGCUGCUAGAGGGUUACUCCAGGUUUUCUGUCAAUGUUUUCCAGCCGCCUUUCCAGUCCGGCAGGACGUCUCCUGAAACCUCCCAGUCUCGGUUAGAUGCGCCACCAGUACCAGCAGCCUCUCCUGAGGUGUUGGGUUGUGGGGACGAGGCGUCUGGUGUCAGCAGCUCUUUAGGAGCAGGUGACCUGGACUUCGAGAGACACGCUGCUCCCCCAGAAUCCCAAGCAGAAUCCUCUCAGCCCUCAGCUGUCCACUGCGAUGCCUCAGAAUCCCUGUCCUCCUCCCAGACGUCACUCACGACCACUAGAACUAAAGACUCAGGGUUCUCCGAAUCCGUCUCUUCCGCUUCCUGCUGUUCUCUGGACCCUCAUGCUGAAAAAGAAACGUCUUGUGAGAAGGCAGUGCGACCAGAAGCGGCAGUAACAGGGUACCAGCAGCCGAGUGAGUUAGCAUUAGGUCACGCCAGUCCCUUCUACAUCGCUCUGCUGGACUCGAACAACAAGGAGCAAAGACUGGAUGAGAAAGAGGAUGCACUAGCAGACCUUCCUGACGAUGCGACCUUGGAGCUAGUAUGGAAAAACAACGAGCGUGUGAAGGAGUACGUGCUGGUGAGCUCGAAGGAACUGGAGUACGAGGAGGACCCCGGCUCGCUGAGUGAGACCGCCAGAGUGGGACAUUUUACCCUGGAGCAAUGCUUGAAUCUCUUCACCAAGCCUGAGGUGCUUGCACCAGAGGAGGCCUGGUACUGUCCGAAGUGCCAGCAGCACCGUGAGGCCUCCAAGCAGCUGCUGCUGUGGCGUCUGCCCAACGUCUUGAUCAUCCAGCUCAAACGCUUCUCCUUCAGAAGCUUCAUUUGGAGAGAUAAGAUCAACGACAUGGUUGACUUUCCCGUCAGAAAUCUAGAUCUAAGCAAGUUCUGCAUCGGCCAGAAGGACGAUAUGCAGCACCCCCCCAUUUAUGACCUGUACGCAGUCAUCAACCACUACGGAGGGAUGAUCGGAGGCCACUACACCGCUUACGCCCGCCUGCCGAGCGACAAGAACAGCCAGCGCAGUGACGUCGGCUGGCGUCUGUUCGACGACAGCACCGUGACGAUGGUGGAGGAGAGUCAGGUGGUGACGCGCUACGCUUACGUGCUGUUUUACCGGCGGCGAAAUUCCCCCGURGAGAGGCCGCCACGCUUCCUCAGAGCCGAGUCGCCCACAGCUGCAGGAGCCGCUGGCAGCCAGGCCUCUCUAAUAUGGCGGGAAUUGGAGGAGGAAGAGGAGGGGCUCGACGAGGAAGAGCCCCGUGGACUGUUGCGCUCUGCGCUGGGGAGGCGACAGACGCAGAGAAACGGAACAGAUGGCGGGGGGCCGGAGGGUCCGGUGCGAUGGCACCGCAGGCAGAAGAUGUCGGAUUAUCCUGACGAAGACUGUGUGCGAUACGUGGUGCUGGGCAUGCUGACUGCAGUUCUGGCUCUUUUUCUUAAUUUAAUCUACCCUCUUCUGGCCAAAGUCAAAUGGACCUGAGGGUAGAGGCUGGGCCUGGGCCCACCAGUCCUCUAUAUGAAACAAAAAUCAGRUUCUAAUAAGGGACGUGUUUAGUUUCAGUAAUAAUUCUCAUUCUUCACAGAAAGGAGAAAAUAUAUUGGUGCUUAAUUCUACACAGAACAAGAGUCCACAUAUGAAAAGCGCUUUAGAACAGUUAUGGCACUGCUUCACUUUUAAAAACUAUUUCUGUGUAAAAGAUUAAGAUAAYAAGAGUUAUUCAAGAUAUAUAUGUAUGGUAUGCAUUAUGGUUUCUUUUUAACGUUGAGGUAUUGUUGAAAUGUUUCUUGGGAUUUUGUCUUUUUAUUCAUUGAUUUUUAAUCUUGUUAAGCCAUACACAAAUCAUCUGCUUUGAACUUUAUUUAUUUUUUUGCUAAUGACAAGUUUUAAACCUACAGAAAAAUUAAGUUUAUUAAUGGAUUCACAGCUACAAAAUAUUAUUUUAAUAUUUUAAUAAGAAUAAUUAAUCUUAAUAUUUUCAAACUGUCUUAAUUUAGAAGUUGAUUUUUUUAAUCACGUUUGUAUGUUUCUUUUAAAUCAAAGCUGCUGUGUUUCUUGUUUGUUCUGCAGAUUU